ACAACUGUUCCGAAUCAAUGACUAUAAAACAAGUUGUCAACGAAAAUCAAUUGAUUUCAUUGAUUCACGAUGAUUUCUUUAUUUGUUGCAAUGAAACAGGUGUAAUGAUGUUGAUUGGGUAAGAAUUCAACUAGAUAUCGUGGCACUAUUACCUUUUAUCACUUCUUUAUAAAGAACUAUCGUGUUCUUUUCCUCAGUAAGACUACUUAGACAACCUCUGUUGAGAAGAGACAAAAAAUCGAAUCAGAAGGUAAUCAGAAGAUUUCCAUCAUUCCUCAAGAAAUAGAAAUAUAACGAAAAUAAACAUUAAAAGAAACGUAAAAAGUAAAAGAGAAAUAAGAACAAACAAUAAUGGAAACAAAAUCGAUACUGAUCAAAUCCUGUUUAUUCACAUUGGUUUUCUUUCUAUCGAGUCAAACUACUUCAGCAAAUCCCAACUAUACUGUCACAGAGGAAGCCUGGUUUGAUUUCCUCAUCAAGAAUUUUACCAACUCGAACGACGAUGACGUAAUUCGUGUAGUGAUUGCAUUAUUUGGAGAUGUUGCGCCAAUGACUGUCACCAAUUUCGCUGCUAUCACACGAGGAUACAACCGAGGAAAAGAAAAAUUACAUUACAAAGGCACAAACGUCCAUCGAAUCGUCCCUGAUUUCGUCAUUCAGAUGGGAGACAUUACAAAAGGAGAUGGCACGGGAGGUCGUUCUAUUUAUGGUGAUAAAUUCGAUGACGAAGAUUUCAUUCUCAGCCACAAAGCAGCUGGUUAUGUUUCUAUGGCUAAUCACGGACGGGACUCAAACGGUUCUCAGUUCUUUAUUCUUCUGAACAAAGCCAGAUGGUUGGAUGGAAAGCAUGUUGUAUUCGGGAAAGUCAUCAAAGGAAUGAAUGUUAUAGAAAAAAUCGGAAAUGUUAAGUCUCACAAGGACACCGCAGUUCCUUUUACAAUUGUGAAAAUCGUGGAUUGUGGUCUGGUUGGUAUAGAAAAGAAAUACCAGCUGACAGAGGCACAGAGCUUGUCCAACAAAGAUCUCUAACAAAAUCAAAGUGUAACUGUUAUAGACAAUAUGUAAUUAGAGAGACACAGAAGUUACUGUUGGGUGGGAUAUAUAUUUUAUUUUAGAUAAAAACCUAAUUGUAUGUCUGCAAGCUAUAAAAUAAAAUAUGCUGGCAUGCGUAUUUGGCAUUGUGCUGUAUGUAUGUACGUGUGUAUAAAUGAGCUUGUGAUUAUAUACCAACGUAGGGCGAUUAAUUUGGCAGAAUCGUUACCGCAAGAUGGAUGGCGGCAUUUCGUCGGCCUUUGCGUUUUGUGCUCAAAUUUUGCCAAGGUCGACUUUGCCUUUCAUCCUAUCUGGGUCGAUAAAAUAAGGACCAGUUGAUUCACGAAAUUGCUGGACUUGUGCCAAAAUUUGAAACCAUUUAUAUACCAGUGUGAUGUGUAUGGUGGAAUACACUUGAGGCAUUUUUCAUACAGUGAAUUCAUUGCCGAUUUCUUUAAUACAUCACAGUAUGAAUACACACAUGUGUGUGUAUAUGUACGCCUGUGUGUGCAUAUACAUAGCAUGCUAUUGACUCUGUGUGUGUGAGUGAUUGUGUGUGUGUGGGGGGGGGGAGAAAGAGUGAUAGUGUGUGUGUGUGUGUGUGUGCGUGUGUGAGUCUGCGUGUGUGAGAGAGAGAGAGAGAGAGAGAGAGAGAGAGAGAGUGAGUGAUUGUGAGUGACUGUGCGUGCGUAGGUGGUAAUUGUUUCUUGAGUAAAGAUUGAAUUUUUAAAACAGUAACAUAGAUAUAUUUCAUAUUUUCUUUGAUUUGUGUAGGAGUGAGUGUGUAUGUAUGUAUGUAUGUAUGUUGGUGUUUGUAUGUAUAUUGGUGUGCGUGUAUUCCAAGCAUUAGAAAAUGCACACACACACACACACACACACACACACACAAAGAUUCAUAGAUUACAUUGAUUUGGCUUAUUUUUCAUCUAUGGUGAAGGUGUCUCAGGACCGUAUAUCCACGACCCUCUUAGGAAUAUUUGGGUAGAAAUGGAUGGAUGGAUAGAUGGAUGGAUGGAUGGAUGGAUGGAUGGAUAGAUGGAUGGAUUUCAAUUUUGCAUUCAAAUUUUAGUGUAAGAUUCUUCAUAUCCCGACAACGAUAUUGCAUAUAAAUGUGACAAUUUAGUUAAAGGUCAUUUCAAACAAUCUUAUAGGUCAAUAGAUGAAGCAUCCACAGUAUUUUCUAACUUUUUAAUUAUACGAAGCUCUCUGCUGAUACUUCGUUGACUUAACUUGACUGAGCAAGUAUCAGAGAAGCAAGCAAUUGUCUUGGGCUUAGACAGAGCGUAAUACUGAUUUCAAAUGUUGGCACAAGGCCAACAAUUUCAGGGAAAGGGGAAACUUGAUUACAUCGACUCCCGAUGCUCAACUUGUACUUAUUUUAUCGACCCCAAAAGGAUGAAAGGUAAAGUCGCCGUCGGGGAACUUUGAGCUCAGACGAAAUGCCGGUAAGCAUUUUGCCCAGCGUGCUAACGGUUCUACCAGCUCAUUGCCUUAGGCAGAGCGUAGUAACAGUCGAACUUUUAGCACGACAGGCAAAGUGCUUGGCGGAAUUUUCUGCCGAGGUCUGCUCUGCUUUUCAUCCUUUCAAGAUCGAUAAAAUAAAUACCAGCUGAUUACUGGGGGCCGAUGUAAUCGACCUCCCCCCUCCUCCCCGAACUUGCUGGCCUUAUGCCAAAAUUUGAAAUGAUAUUAGUUCAAUUCACCUCCAGUUAAACUUUGUUUUGCCAAAUCCGAACAUAUAUUCUCUUCUGAUGAUCUCUGAUACCGGUGUCCGGUAUGCAGAGUGUCGAUCGACUAUACUUGCACAAGCAAUCUGUUUCCAAGUCUCUCUUCAGCCGAGGCAAAGCACAAUACUCUCGAGAUAUUCCCUAUUGCAAGGUCAGAAGUGCGUGUCUCUUGCAUUAGAGAUCUUAGUAAGUGCUUUAGGAUUGCGACUCUAAACCACUUCCACAAGUGACGUUGUUAGAAGACCUCAUCUCUAUCUCCUUCUACUGAAUGUCACCUUCAUAUGCCAGUAAUGGUAACCGAUAAAGGAGAGUUAACGAUAGUGUUAAGUUUGCAAUAUUUCAAACCAGUUGCUUGCGAUAAACACGUGUCUCUUAGUAUAUACGGAAGAUAAAAUUUUAAUAUUUCUUUUUGUAUAUCCAUUUCUCUUUCUCUCUCUCUCUUUCUCUCUCUCUCUCUCUCUCUCUCUCUCUCUCUCUCUCUCUCUCUCUCUCUCUCUCUCUCUCUCUCUCUCUCUCUCUCUCUCUCUCUCUCUCUCUCUCUCUCUCUUUCUCUCUCUCUGUUAUCAGUUAAAAACAUUCGGCUGACACUCUACUAAGGCACCUUUAAAUAUCUUAAAUCCAUCUUUUUGAAUAUUUUAUUUUUAGAUGGACGUAUCCUAUGCGCCCACGAAACUUUAAGUCACUCGGAACCGAGUCAAACUAUUGUUAAUACAUAUUCGUGAAAAUAUAAUAAAAUAUUGAAGUGAAA